AUGGGCGAUCGCCGAUCGGUGACGCCUAUCCUUUGGGUCUCUCUUUGUAUACUCAUACUAUGCGAUAUUGUUCAGUGUGGAUCAGAGAAAGAAUUGAAGAAGAAGAUCUCUCCAAACGGUCCAUCAUUCAUGAAACGAACAAACACGGCCUCAUCCCCUUCCUCCUCAUUUUCAUCCUCCUCAGACUCUUCCCGAUUCUCCGCGAAUUUGCCCCUUUCGAGAGCUCUUCGAUACGAGCGAAUACCAUACUAUUUCCUCCAGUUC